AUAUGACCAGUACUAUGAAAAUUGUGUAUAUCUAGAAAAACAUGACAAGUAGCCAAUCUGCCUUUUGAAUAGUCGUAGAAACAAAAUUAUUAUUUUCCGAUGAAAAUCACCUCACGGCUCUGUCUUAACUCUCGUCAACGGAGGAAACUGGAAACGUAUGGUAAGCAGUUGAGCUGGCAUAGCACGGGUCAGAAGUCAAGGUCAAUGGACGGUGAGCCGGUCUCCCUGGGGCCUGGGCUGUAGAUCAGCGCGCAAUUUCGCAGCGUUGAUCUGGUCAACCAACCCUCCAUCAGUUGCAACAUUAUUUUUGGGUCCAAAGACCUCACUACAAGUCUUUCUAAAGAGUAGUCUAACAUUUAUGUCAGUGAAGCAUAGCAUUUAUAGGAGAGAGCUCUUCUAGCUUUGCAGGAAAGCUGAGACGACAGCAAUGGACUCUUCAAGACUGGCAUUGCUAUUCUUUCUCGUUUCUAUCCAACUUUCUGCUCUCACAUCUGUUCAGCCAGAAAAGCUCCUUCGACUCUGUUCGACCCAAAGCAACUUCACCAUGAAUAGCACCUACGGGAACAAUCUCAAACACCUCUUUUCCACCAUUACCUCCAACACCCAGAUAGACUACGGUUUUUACAACGUUUCUUAUGGCCAAAACUCUGACGAGGUCAAUGCUUUAGGUCUGUGUAGAGGAGAUGUUAAGCCAGAUAUUUGCCGUAGUUGCAUAACUAACGCCACUAAUGAGUUCACAGAAAACUGCCCUAACCAGAGGGAGGCCAUUGUUUGGUACGAUGAGUGUAUGUUAAGAUACUCAAAUCAUUCCAUAUUUGGUAAAAUGCAAUUCCCACCUGCUUGGGUAAUGGAAAAUGUCAACAAUGUCUCCAAAGUAAAUCAAUUCAAUCAGGUGUUGGCAAUCUUGUUGGGUGACCUUAGAAUUCAAGCGGCCUCUGGCGAUUCCCUUCACAAGUUUGCAACAGGGAAUGCUACUGUUUCCAACUCGCAGGCUAUAUAUGCGUUGGCUCAGUGCACUCCUGAUUUGUCCCAAGUGGAAUGUAACAAUUGCCUGAGUAAUGCCACGGAAUCACUUCCACUAUGGAGGGUAGGAGCCAGAAUUCUGACACCAAGCUGUACUGUUAGGUAUGAGAAUUAUAUCUUCUAUGGCCCUUUGGUUGAUAUGCCACCCCCAACGAUGUCACCAGCAUCACCGCCGGUUGAUGACGCACCAUUAUCACCACCAGCUGAUGUACCGCCACCACCAUCACUAGUGACACCAGCGCCUCCUCCGCAGCAACCUAAUCUUGCUACCAGAAAAGCAGCAAUGGACUCUUCAAGACUAGCAGUCUUAUUCUCUCUCGUUUUCAUACGACUAUGUGCUUUCACAUAUGCUGAGCCGGUGAAGCUGGUUCAAGUCUGUUCGCACAAAAGCGACUUCUCCCUGAAUAGCACCUAUGAGAACAACCUUAAUGACUUAUAUCUCACCACCAUUACCUCCAACACCAAAAUAGACCAUGGUUUUUUCAGUGCCUCUUAUGGCGAAGACUCUGAUAAGGUCAAUGCUAUAGGUCUGUGUAGAGGAGAUCUUGUGGCAGAUAUUUGCCGUAGUUGCAUUAAUGAUGCCAUCAAUGACUUCGCAGAAUACUGCCCGAACCAGAGAGAGGCCAUUGCUUGGUAUGAUGAGUGUAUGCUUAGAUACUCAAAUCGUUCCAUAUUUGGUAAAAUGGAGGUCGAACCGUUUCGUUCACUCGUCAAUGUAAACGUUGUCAACAAUGUCACCAACGUAACUCAUUUUAAUCAGGUCUUGGCAACCUUGUUAGAUAGGCUUAAAACUCAAGCGGCCUCCGGCCGUUCCCUUCGCAGGGUUGCAACAGGGAAUGCUAAUGUUUCCAAGUCGCAGACUCUAUAUGCAAUGGUUCAGUGCACCCCUGAUUUGUCCCCAGAGGAUUGUAACGAUUGCCUGAGAAAUGUCACUGAAUCACUUCCACGAUGUUGUAAUGGGAGGAAAGGAGCAAGAGUUUUGACUCCAAGUUGUAAUAUUAGGUAUGAAAAUCAUCUCUUUUAUGGCCCUUUGGUUGAUAUGACACCCCCAACGCCGUCUCCAGCGUCACUAGCGGUUGAUGCACCAUCAUCCCCACCGGUCGAUGCACCAUCAUCCCCACCGGUCGAUGCGCCAGCAUUCCCACCUGUCUAUGCACCAGCAUUCCCACCGGUCGAUGCACCAGCAUCCCCACCGGUUGACGCACCAGUAUUACCGCCGUUUGAUGAACCAGUAUUACCGCCGGAGGAUUAUGACUCACCACUAUUGCCACCAUAUGAUGCAUCGUCACCACCACCCCCAGAGCCACCAGCGCCUCCUCUGCAGCAACCUGAUCAUGCGACCGGAAAUGGUGACAUGAACAGCAAAUUUCAAGCUCUGGGAACAGCGGUUCUGCUAAUGAUUUUGCAAUACUUUAUAUUUUGAGGUCUCGUUCAUUUAAAGUAGGAAGAUCUGAUUAGUUUUUGAUCUGAUUAGUUGUUAGCAUGUAGCCUGUAUUUUACAUUUUAAGUAAAAGUCUCUUCAGUAGGUACUAGUACCAGUAAACUUUGUGAAUGGACUUUUGAGAAAUGGGAAAUUGCAAUGAUGCCUAGCAUUUUGAGGUCAUUGAUAGCAAA